AUGACUGGAUUUUGCUGUCAUAAACUGAAGGUGCAGAAGAAUGACACAAAAAAACAUACAGAGAGAGAGAGAGAGAGAGAGAGAGAGAGAGAGAGAGAGGCUACUAGAGAACAGGACGGGACUCAUCGUGACCCACCGGCGCCAGAAGAUCUACCGCCAAGCGAUUCUACUGACAGAAAUGGACAACAACACCAUCCAUCGAAUUGUCAAGACGAUCUGCGGCGCCGGCUACGAAGUCGUCCUCCAAGACUUGGCCACGAGACGUCAUCUUCUCCCAUCCCUGAGUGUGACACCGCUCCUCAGCUCGCCAGUAGUAGUAGUAGUAGUAGUAGUAGUAGUAGUAGCAGUAGCAGUAGC